AUGGGUGUACUCUGGGGAUGGAAUCUGUUAAAGCUUCGUGUUGCUUUGAUCUUGGCGGUGUUGCUUGUGGUCCAUGACAGUCCGAGUCUCUGUUGUUCUCUCAACAGCGAAGGGUUGACGUUGUUGAGGUUUCGAGAUAGAGUGAUUAGAGAUCCAUUUGAUGCUCUAUCAAACUGGGAUUAUGUUAAUGGGAACUUGGAUCCAUGUUCUUGGCUCGGAGUAGAAUGCUUGGACGGAAAAGUAGUAGUUUUGAAUUUGAAAGAUCUUUGUCUUAAAGGAACACUGGCACCUGAGAUCGGGAAGCUGACUUACAUGAAAUCAAUUAUUUUACGAAACAAUUCUUUUUCUGGAAACAUUCCAAAGGAAAUUGGAGAAUUGAAGGAGCUUGAACUGUUGGACUUUGGAUACAAUAACUUCAGUGGGCCAUUUCCCUCUGAUCUUUGCAGUAACCUCUCCUUGUCAGUUGUUUUGCUGGAUAAUAAUCAGUUCUUGGAUGGCAUAUCUUCUGAGCUUUAUAGUCUUAAGAUGCUUUCUGAAUUGCAAGUAGGUGAAAAACAGCUAUCUAUUGUACCGUCUGGGGCUACUUAUAACAGCUUAUCUAGUUCUUGGAACACUGUGCAAGCUGGGGAUAUAGCUCAGCGGAAGCUGCUUCAGCUGGCUGAUGCACCAACCAAAACUGAACGGAAUAGACACAAUGAGAGGGCUUCUGAGUCAUUGUCAUCAUCUGCUUUGUUGUUGUCACCAUCACCAUCACCAUCCCCAUCACCAUCACCAUCACCUUCACCAUCACCAUCACCAUCAUUCGUUUUUCCUUCAUUAUCACCUUCAGGAACUCCAUUCUCAUCUAUAUCAUUCCCUCCAUCCAUGUCUACACCAUCUCCAACAGAGUCUCCAUUUCCUUUGCCUGAUUUUUUGACUCCUUCACCCUCACCAGUGCAACCACCAACUCCAGCUCCACCACCUCCAGCAGAUCUGCCAGUUGUUUCUCAAUUACCUGAUUCCCAUACUGCUCUAUCACCACCCCCUUCUUCAACUCCUAACCAAAGUGUAGAAAAGAAUUCAAAGUCGAACCACAAUAUAGUUUUGAUAUGGUCUGGAGUAGUGGUUUCUGUUUUGAUAUUUGUUUCAGCCCUUGGCUUUAUCUUCUGUUGCAGCAGCAAACUGGUUACUAUCAAACCUUGGUCGACCGGGUUAAGUGGGCAGCUGCAGAAAGCAUUUGUCACAGGUGUACCAAAGCUCCAGAGAUCCGAACUUGAAACAGCUUGUGAAGAUUUCAGUAAUAUAAUUACCUCUUUAUCAGAUUGCACCGUGUACAAAGGGACUCUAUCUAGUGGUGUUGAGAUAGCGGUGACAUCAACAGCCGUGAAAUCAGCCGAAGACUGGACAAAGAAUUUAGAAGCCCAAUUCGGAAAUAAGAUAGAAACUUUAUCAAAAGUGAACCACAAGAACUUUGUGAAUCUUAUUGGUCAUUGCGAAGAGGAGCAGCCUUUCACAAGAAUGAUGGUUUUUGAGUAUGCUCCGAACGGAACUCUGUUUGAGCAUCUACACAUAAAAGAAGCCGAGCACCUAGACUGGGGAUCGCGACUGCGAGUAGCCAUGGGUAUAGCAUACUGCCUUGAGUAUUUGCACCAGCUUAACCCACGGAUAGUCCACAGAGACCUGCAAUCUUCUUCUGUUUAUCUGACUGAGGACUACGCAGCCAAGAUGUCAGAUUUCAGCUACUGGAAUGAAGUAACCACCACCAAGAAUGGUUCAGCUACCAUGGAUCUGUUGGAGACACCAUCAGUGAAUCCAGAGAGCAAUGUUUACAGCUUUGGGGUAGUUUUGUUUGAAAUUAUUACGGGCAGACUUCCAUAUUCUUCGGAUAAUGGCUCUGUGGUAGACUGGACAUCAGACUACUUGAGGGAGGAACAACAGCUUUCAAGGGAAAGGGUUGACCCAACUUUAACAUCUUUCCAAGAUGAAGAGCUAACUGAACUGUUUGAUGUGGUGAAAGAUUGUAUCCAUCCUGAUCCAAAACAGAGACCAACAAUGAGAGAGGUUACAGCUAGGUUGAAAGAGAUCACAGCUAUGGGACCUGAUGGAGCAACACCAAAAUCAUCACCUCUUUGGUGGGCAGAACUAGAAAUUAUGUCAACAGAAUCAAGUUAAACGGAAAUAACUUCAAAGACUAUAGUUUUCUUCGUUUUCUGUUAGUUUUAUUCUUUAAAUCCCUCUCUCUGACACUGUUUUAUUCUUGAUUCUGUGGGGCUCCAAGUAAGGGGUUUAGUUUUAUUUUUUUCAUUUUUUCAUUUUUUAAGCCGAAUGAGAUGUUUGUUUUUAAUUUUGGGUAAAGGAAGGAUAGUUGUAUAUAACCGAGAGAGGGA